GCCACAACUUUUUUCUCUCUGCUCCGAGAACCUCCUCCUGCCACUUCGUUCCUCAAGUUCCUCGUAGAAGGGCCACGUGACCUUCGAGAGCGUACUGGGUUAUUGCCAUUUGCAGGCGCCUAAAGGUUGCCCCCUGGGGGGAUGACGUAUAAUUCGCGCGCCGACUUCAGAAGGGCCUGCCUCGGCUUCCAUAGGGUUCCCACGCCGGCUUCUCCUGCAAGGCACACGUGCUGCUGAAUGGAGCUGGUCGCUGGCAGCUACGAGCAGGUCCUGUUUGGGUUCACCGUACGUCGCGGGCCCGCGAGGAGUGGCCACCAGGAGAUGAACAGUUCAUAAGGCAAGAGACGCUCAAGGCCACAUGGUUUGUGAAUACAUCAUGUCAAGGUCCUCCAGAUGUUUCCCAGGCUUAUGCUGUUAACAACUCCAGACAUGGACUCCUGUGGCUGACUUCACUCACCACGGCCACACUGCCUCCCUGUCGGCGGUGGCAGCAAACAGUCGUUAUGUAGUCACUGGCAGCAAAGAUGAAACGAUUCACAUUUAUGACAUGAAAAGGAAGGUGGAGCACGGGGCUCUGGUGCAUCACAGUGGCACAGUAACGUGCCUGAAAUUCUAUGGCAGCAGGCACUUAAUCAGUGGGGCAGAAGAUGGGCUCAUCUGUGUCUGGGAUGCAAAGAAGUGGGAAUGCCUGAAGUCCAUUAAAGCUCACAGGGGACAUGUGACUUUCCUUUCUAUCCACCCGUCUGGCAAGUUGGCUCUGUCUGUUGGUACUGAUAAGACAUUAAGAACGUGGAAUCUUGUAGAGGGAAGAUCAGCUUUCAUAAAAAAUAUAAAGCAGAAUGCUCACAUAGUGGAGUGGUCCCCGAGUGGAGAAAAGUACAUAGUCGUCGUGCAGAAUAAGGUGGAUGUCUAUCAUCUGGACACAGCGUCUGUGAGCGGCACCAUCACAAACGCAAAGAGGAUCUCUUCUGUUAAGUUUCUCUCAGACUCUGUCCUUGCAGUGGCUGGAGAUGAAGAAGUUGUAAGGUUUUUUGACUGUGAUUCCCUAGUGUGCCUCUGUGAAUUCAGAGCUCAUGAAAACAGGGUAAAAGACAUGGUCAGUUUUGAAGUCCCAGACCAUCACGUUCUUGUCACAGCAUCCAAUGAUGGCUUCAUCAAAAUGUGGACGCUUAGACAGGAUAAGAAAGAUCCCCCAUUUUUGCUGUGUGAGGUCAACACUGGUGCCAGGCUGACGUGUCUUGGCGUGUGGUUAGACAGAGCAACAAAUGAAAAGGCAAGCCUCCCUCCAGCCUCAGAGCCCUGUCCUGAGCAACCUAAGACGGUGAAAAAGGAAUCUGGUGACACAAUUCAGGAGGAAACAUCAGAACCUAACUCAGAGAAGUCUGAUGUAACUGGUGACAGCAAGCAGCCAUCAAAAGGAAAUGGCCCAGCGACAGCCAAGAAGAGGAAAAUGGCAAACGUGUCGGAAAAGAAGAGGAAAAAGAAAAUGUAACUCACAUGGCAAAUCCCAGAUUUCUCCUCCCUAAAAGAAUGUCUUUUUGACAAAAUUCUCCAUUUUAAAUAUUAUACCGAACUUUUCCAUGUGAGAAACAAAAAAAUUUCUCCUUCUGGAGAAAAUGUUCGGCUUAAAAAAAGAACCACUUUUAGGUGGUGCUUUGUUUUGUUGAAUGAUAAAAUUAUUUUGGCAGAUGGCAUUUUAUUAUAUAUUGUAGUAUAUAUUGAUUGUUUACUUUUUACUGUUUUGAGCAAGUAAAGAUCUGAAAAUAUUGUAUUUAAAAUAAUACAGACUUUAAAUAUACUUAUUUGGUGCUGCUUGG